AUGGGAAAGAAAAAGCGAGGUUCUAAUAAUCCUGAAACUGUUACCUCUGAAUUGGAUUUAUCAAACAGUGCAUCUAAAGAAGGAACGUCUAGCAAAUUAGACACAGAAAAUUCUGCUGAAAAUAUCCCAAUAUUUAAAAAUCCGAAAUUUGUUCAAGCUAAGGCAAAUUCCAAGAAGAGCCGCGUUUGGAAAACACUAAGACAGAUAACAGCUGCUGAAAAAUCUGUUCCCCGUGCUGUUACUUAUUUAACGAUUGAUGUUCCGGUUUCUUUAAAACCCCCCAAAAAAUAUUCUGAUCUCAGUGGUUUAGUAGCUAAAUAUACUGAUCCUGUUACCAAAAUGCGAUUUGCUAAUGCUGCAGAAUUUCAAAUGAUAAGGAAUUUGCAGCCAGAAGUUAUAAACCAAUAUUUAGCACUCCGCAAAGCGACUAUUCUGUAA